UGCAAAUAGUAACCUCUUUCUUAGUAUGUUUUUACAAAUUAAUAUGUAUUAAGUUUAUACCCUAACUAUGAUGUUAAACGAUGAUAUAAGUGAGUUUAUCACAAACCUCUACCUAUACUUAAUUAAUAAAAGAGAUGUUAAUGCACUUUUAGUUAAAAAACACACCAGCAACUUUAAGACUCAUGGGGAUUUGAGUUUUGUAAACACAGUGAAAUCGUGGCAGGAAUAUUUAAAUGUUAGACACACCGAACAAAACAACUUCCUUAAAUACUUGAAUAAGACCACAGGCGACAUUGUAGAAAACUCACAAUCAUGGAAAAUCAUCAUAACAAAAUGCACAGAAAUCAAUGAUAGAGUGUACAUGCAUUUAAAUCGUCCUAUAGCAAUUUAUAUUGGUUUGAAGAGUGCUAUUAAUAACAAUUUACAGUUAGCAUCUUUGAUAACAACUAAUGAUAAGUGUAAAGUGAGUUUAGAUAGUAAAUGUUUGGACACAAGUGUUACUAGCUUACGAGCUAAAUAUUUAACUUCUGUAGUUGAGAAUCUUUGUUGUAUAUUCUCAAUAGAUCAAGAAUUAAUGGUCACUACAAAGUCAGGUUCAAAUUCAAAUGAUGUGUUUGUUGGUACUGUUUUAAAUGCCAAAACUUGUUCAAAAGAAACUGCAAUAUCAGCAGACGAAUUUAUAAGGAUAAGACAAAAUGAACUAACAUUGAUUGCCCAGCACAAAUAUGGAGUGAGAGUGUCGACAGACAAUAAAUGGAGCGAGUUUAUAGCUCACCUCGGCGAGUCUGCGGUGGCCUUUGAGCUUCUGCAGACUAAAGCUUCUAGUCCAGUUAAAAUAUUAUUUGAUGCACCUGGAGGAUGCAGUAAAGGUGCCUCAUUCAUUCUUUACAACUGUGCAAGGUUGGAAACACUAAUGAGGACUUUCAAUGAAAAAGUUGAGGAGGGCAGCUACCCCUCACUACCUAGUGCUGAACAGAUAGACUUCACAUUAUUGAGCAAUGAGGAUGAAUGGUGUUUAAUCUUCAAUUAUGUCAUGGGUUUGCCAUCAGUCAUAAAAUGUUGUACCGACGUUAAAGAUAAUAAAGUGGAAUUUCGACCUCAUCUGAUAUGUAACUACCUCAGUGGCAUGGUCAAAAUAUUCAGCCAAUAUUACAGGAGAGUGCGAAUAUUAACGGAACAUCGCAAACACCUCUUGCCUGUUAUGUACGCAAGAAUUCACAUGAUCAAAGUGCUUAAUGGUACAUUGAAAACUUGCUUGAAGUUAUUGAAUAUUAAAAGCGUUUCGCAAAUGUAG